UGCCUCCUUGAUUUGAAUCUGUACAUCAUAAUUAUUGAAGGGGAAUUUAUGUAAUUCAUCAAUUUACUUCAAGUCAAUUUAGUCACGUUGAUGAAUCGAGGAGAAUUUCAUAUAUUUAUUUAUUUAUUACUAUUAUUACCCACGUAGUAUUAUUGUAUGGUGUUACUGACUUGAAUUGUCUAUCUACUAUGUACUUGCUAAGUAUCUAGUAUUUCUUUUGACAUUAAACUUGUUCAGCUCGUUAACCCCCCUUUGAUAGAUUUAGUGGGAAAGAAGCGAUACAUCUUGAUCAUCAACAUUCCAGAAGGGCCCUCAUCUGAUAAGGGAUUAAUCAAGGGAAACUUCUCAUUUCCUUCAAGUUUUGGAGUAAGGAAUCCGCCACGUUACGUCGCCGGAUUGCCGUUACUUUGAGGCGUACCAAAGAAUGGGAAUUUUGAUGCACCCGAAGUAGUACUAAUUGUAGUACUGACUCUGUGUAAUUUCUCAUUUGAUAGUAUCGUUGCCCUUGACAGCAAACUGGUGAUUUAUAUUCAUCAAUUUAUUUUCCUCUCCUCAAUCAUGUUUUCUCAUAUAUCUUGUUCAAUCAUCGCCAGUCUUGUUAUUCGAGAUAUUGGCAGACAGCUCUUCAGCAAUUCUUCUUCUUCUACUUCUUUUUAUAGUCAGCAACACAACAAUCAUUCUUUCAUUUAUUUUCUUGUGUCAUUAAUUACAGUCAUUCCUCAAUCACGCGUCUUUCAAUAUCUUGCAUAUUCAUCGUUUCAGAAAGGCGCGUCUGCCUUACAUUUUUAUUCUCGUUCUCAAUCUACAAUAUAUCAUCACGAGGACCUUCAAUUACCAAUAUAACAAUAACUUAUCGUUAGACAUCACAAGAUAUAUAUAUUUAUAUACGCACAUACUUUCAUCUCAAUCUCAAUUCAAUCCCUUAUCAACAUGUCCUGCAUACACCUCAAAGCUACACUCUUAAAAUUCAGUAACAAAUGUGCUGAAACCUUGGGAUUAAAAUCAAAAACACCUAAACCUUUAUCUAUAAGCGCACCCUUCAAUUUUCAAGAAGGACCAGCAGUAAAUCUCCCCGGCUAUUCCGAGGAUGAAAUAUCACUCAUGAAGGAAAAAGCUAUUGCAUCAACAGCCGUCGUUUCAGAUAAUCACUAUGCGAAUCUAAAUCGAUGUUACGAUUCAGAUAUCUCGGAAUCAAAUUCGAGGACGGGAUCUCAUGGGUGUGGAAUUGGGAGGAGUGUGGUUUAUCAUGCGAGGAGAGCUAGUAGAGGGUGUAUGUAUGGGAAUUGAGGUGGAUGGGUGGUGAUGAAGAUUGGUAGGGUGGUUGGGGUCACUUGUAUGAUUAUGCGUUGGUGUACGAUAGGUAUUGGUUGGGUGGGUGGGUAGGAUG